UCAACAUUUGAUAAAACCAUCAUAUCUUUUGGAAAAUAGACAAUAUGGAGAGAUUUGGCUUUUUAAGAUUAUGUUUUAUUUCCUUUAUAGGAUUUGUUUGGAUUCAUGGAAUUGUUGGUGUUCAAGCAUGGAGCAAAGAGGGACACAUCAUGACAUGCCAAAUAGCACAAGAUUUACUUGUACCAGAAGCCGCACACGCUGUACAGAUGUUGUUGCCGGAUUAUGUGAACGGUAACCUAUCGGCUUUGUGUGUGUGGCCGGACCAAAUCAGGCAUUGGUACCGCUACCGGUGGACUAGUCCUCUUCACUUCAUCGAUACCCCUGAUAAUGCAUGCUCCUUUGAUUAUUCUAGGGAUUGUCACGAUACAAAUGGAGGCAAAGAUAUGUGUGUUGCCGGAGCUAUCAAAAACUUCACCUCUCAGCUAUCACAUUAUCACCACGGGACUUCAGAUCGAAGAUAUAACAUGACGGAGGCUUUGCUAUUUUUGUCACACUUUAUGGGAGAUAUUCAUCAGCCAAUGCAUGUUGGAUUCACUAGCGAUGAAGGAGGAAACACCAUUGAUUUAAGAUGGUUCAGGCAUAAAUCUAACCUCCACCAUGUAUGGGACAGAGAGAUAAUUCUUACAGCUGCAGCAGAUUUCUAUGGAAAAGAUAUGCAGUCUUUACGAAAAUCCAUACAAACCAAUUUCACACAUGGACUAUGGUCUGAUGAUGUCACAUCUUGGAAGGAAUGUAACGAUCUCUCUACUUGCGUAAACAAGUAUGCAAUGGAAAGUAUAAAAAUGGCAUGCAAAUGGGGUUACAAAGAUGUCGAGGCCGGUGAAACUCUAUCAGAUGAUUAUUUCAACUCGAGGAUGCCAAUCGUAAUGAAACGAAUUGCUCAAGGCGGAGUUCGACUGUCAAUGAUUUUGAAUCACGUUUUCGGGGUUUCAAAUUCAUUCGAAGAUGGAUUAGUCGCCACAUGAGUAAUCAAGUUUGAUGGCUCAUAUACAUAGCCAUUAACCAACAUAUUUAGGUUGUGAGAUGUAACUAACAAGGAUACUAAAUAAUAUUAGCGAUAAAUUAGUCUUUAGACUCACACAUAUAGUGUAAAAUAUCUAUAUAUGUUUAUCUAUGAUGUUUGAUUUUA